CAACCCGAAUUUGCCCUUGACAUCUUCCCCGGAAAGCGGAGGAACCUCCUCGUCCCGAGCUCCCACAGUACCCGGAGGUCACGCGCGGACGUCGGAGCCGGAGUCUGGGUGCUGGAGGGCUGGGUCCGGGUCCCGCGGUGGGGAGUGGGUUGUUUCCUAAGUGUGGGUGCAAAGUAAUGGGCGCUGGGCGCUGGCGUCGGGAUUCAGCCCAGCUGCACUUCUGAGGCUUGGCAGUUUCUCAUAGCGCCUUAUACUCUGCCAGACAGCAUCCAUCUGGAGCCCCGUCUUUUAGGAUGAGUGGCUUUAGGGUCGGGCAUUAAACCUUAAGCCUCAGUCGCCAUCUGUGAUGUAAGUGGGAGGAGAGGGUAUUGGAAGGAGCUCUUGCUGGGUGAAAUAGAGUUGGGCUUUUCUUGCAAUUGAUUUUGAGCCAGAUGCCACAUAUCUUGAAAAAGAAAAACGGCUGACUUUAGUUUGAAGCGUAAAUAAUAGAUAUUGGCACAUGUCCUUUUUAGUAGCAACCCAAAAAUUGCCUUUCAACUUAAAAAAAAAUCUGCGUCAUAAUAAUAGGGAUAAGUUCAGUUACUUGCUCUUGCUCUUGCUCAUGCACCUUUUGCUUAGACCUGCUGUUUCUACGUCAGAAAAAAAGUAACUUCACAGGAAAUUCAUCAAGUUGAUGGAACAGACCAUAGGAACAAAAGGAACACUUUCAGUUCUUGGUCUCCGUAAAUCUUCCCGACCUGCAGAUCUUUGCUGUUGACUUGGAAGUCUGAGGUCAUGACUGUCCAAAGUAUGAUAAUCACAUGAGAGUGCUCAUUGCUACGGAUGUCAUUUGACUCAUCAGAGAAAAUCUGUCUAAAAGAAAAUAUCCAUGUGACCAAAUCCAUUUCAUUAUUGAAUGGCUUGAUGGAUUUUCUUUACUCUGAUUCAUACCAAAGCUGUCCUUCUCAACCAAAGCAAGAAAGGAUCCUGCAUGAGUCAAUCCCAGAAUGCAAUUUUUGUUGGUGAAGAAAACUUCAUGAAUAGCAAUCACAGAGACUCGGAGAGCAUCACUGAUGUCUGCUCCAAUGAGGAUCUCCCUGAAGUUGAGCUGGUGGGUCUGCUGGAAGAACAACUACCACAAUAUAGGCUAAAAGUAGACACUCUCUUUCUAUAUGAAAAUCAAGACUGGACUCAGUCUCCACACCAGCGGCAACAUGCAUCUGAUGCCCUCUCUCCAGUCCUUGCUGAAGAGACUUUCCGUUAUAUGAUUCUAGGCACAGACAGGGUGGAGCAGAUGACCAAAACUUACAAUGACAUCGACAUGGUUACACAUCUCCUGGCAGAGAGGGAUCGUGAUCUGGAACUUGCUGCUCGAAUUGGACAAGCUCUCUUAAAGCGGAACCAUGUCUUAUCUGAGCAGAAUGAAUCCCUGGAGGAGCAAUUGGGACAAGCCUUUGAUCAAGUUAAUCAGCUGCAGCAUGAGCUAUCCAAGAAAGAUGAGUUACUUCGAAUCGUCUCCAUUGCUUCUGAAGAAAGUGAAACUGAUUCCAGCUGUUCUACACCUCUUCGGUUCAAUGAGUCCUUUAGCUUAUCUCAAGGGUUGCUGCAGUUGGAAAUGCUGCAAGAAAAGCUCAAGGAACUGGAAGAAGAGAAUAUGGCUCUUCGAUCCAAGGCUUGUCACAUAAAGACAGAAACUGUCACCUAUGAAGAAAAGGAACAACAGCUUGUCAGCGACUGUGUUAAAGAACUUCGUGAAACAAAUGCUCAGAUGUCCAGAAUGACUGAAGAAUUGUCAGGGAAGAGUGAUGAGCUGAUUCGAUACCAAGAAGAGAUUUCCUCUCUUUUGUCACAGAUUGUAGACCUUCAGCAUAAACUUAAAGAACAUGUGAUUGAGAAGGAAGAACUAAAACUUCACCUGCAAGCUUCCAAAGAUGCCCAACGACAACUGACAAUGGAGCUGCACGAGUUACAAGACAGGAAUAUGGAGUGCCUAGGAAUGUUACAUGAAUCCCAAGAAGAAAUAAAGGAACUUCGUAGUAGAUCUGGCCCUACUGCUCAUCUCUACUUCUCCCAAUCAUAUGGAGCUUUUACUGGGGAAUCUUUGGCAGCUGAGAUUGAGGGUACUAUGCGUAAAAAGCUGAGUUUGGAUGAGGAAUCUUCUCUCUUUAAACAAAAAGCCCAACAGAAGCGGGUAUUUGAUACCGUCAGGAUUGCCAAUGACACACGGGGCCGCUCUAUCUCAUUCCCAGCUCUGUUACCCAUUCCAGGCUCCAACCGUUCAAGUGUCAUCAUGACAGCAAAACCUUUUGAGUCUGGUCUUCAGCAAACAGAGGACAAAUCACUCCUGAACCAGGGGAGCAGCUCAGAGGAGGUCACAGGGAGCUCCCAGAAGAUGGGCCAACCAGGACCCUCUGGAGAUAGUGAUUUGGCUACAGCACUGCAUCGCCUUAGCUUACGUCGACAGAACUAUUUAAGUGAGAAGCAGUUCUUUGCUGAAGAAUGGCAGCGGAAGAUCCAGGUUCUGGCAGACCAGAAGGAAGGGGUUAGUGGCUGUGUCACCCCUACAGAGAGCCUUGCCUCUCUCUGCACCAACCAGUCAGAGAUCACAGACCUCAGCAGUGCCAGUUGCCUUCGAGGUUUUAUGCCAGAAAAAUUACAAAUUGUCAAGCCCCUUGAAGGAUCACAAACUCUGUAUCACUGGCAGCAGCUUGCUCAACCAAACUUGGGAACCAUCCUUGAUCCACGACCAGGUGUCAUUACUAAAGGCUUUACCCAGUUGCCCAGGGAUGCCAUUUAUCACAUCUCAGAUUUAGAAGAGGAUGAAGAGGAGGGUAUUACUUUUCAGGUUCAGCAACCUCUUGAAGUGGAAGAGAAACUUCCAACAUCCAAGCCAGUAACGGGGAUCUUCCUUCCACCCAUUACUUCAGCAGGUGGACCAGUUACAGUUGCAACCGCCAACCCAGGAAAGUGCCUGUCAUGCACAAACUCAACAUUCACUUUCACCACCUGUAGAAUAUUACAUCCCUCUGACAUCACUCAGGUUACCCCCAGCUCUGGGUUCCCUUCAUUAUCCUGUGGAAGUAGUGGUAGCAGUUCAUCCAACACGACUGUGAAUUCUCCUGCCUUGUCCUAUAGACUCAGCAUUGGUGAGUCCAUCACCAACCGACGAGAUUCCACUACAACCUUCAGUAGCACCAUGAGCUUGGCCAAACUUCUACAAGAGCGAGGCAUCUCUGCCAAAGUGUACCACAGCCCAAUUUCAGAGAACCCCCUCCAGCCUCUCCCUAAAUCCCUGGCUAUCCCUUCCACACCACCAAAUUCACCAUCUCACUCGCCUUGCCCUUCUCCUUUACCCUUUGAGCCUCGAGUGCAUCUCUCUGAAAAUUUUUUGGCCUCUCGACCAGCUGAGACAUUCCUCCAGGAGAUGUAUGGCUUGAGACCCUCCCGGAACCCUCCUGAUGUUGGCCAGUUGAAGAUGAACUUAGUGGACAGGCUGAAGAGACUGGGGAUAGCCAGAGUGGUCAAGAACCCUGGUGCCCAAGAGAAUGGAAGAUGCCAGGAGGCAGAAAUUGGUCUUCAAAAACCAGAUUCUGCUGUUUAUUUAAAUUCAGGUAGCAGUUUAUUAGGUGGACUAAGGAGGAAUCAGAGUCUUCCAGUCAUAAUGGGUAGCUUUGCUGCCCCAGUUUGCACAUCCUCACCCAAAAUGGGUGUCCUGAAGAAGGACUGAGGUUCAGCAGUUAACUGACCUCUUAUACAAGUUAGCACAUGAAGGAUAGAUAUGCACUGAAACAUGUGGUCUGGUCUGACUUGAGAGAAAAGGAAUGUUGCACAAGGGUUGUGAAUGUGAAAGGGGGAAUGGAGGAAUGGAAAUAAAUUGGGAUGAGCUUUAAUGGAGGAAGUCGGGCAAAUUGAAAGUAUAAAUGAAUGGGCCAUGAGUGUUCAGAGGGAGAAAAGAAAGGUUUAAUAUACUCCUUCAGUUGAGUUUUCUUGUCUUGAACAUAAAAAGUGAAUACAAAUAAAUUCAGUAAUACUAAAACAUUCAGAGAUACUGAACUUGCUGGCACAUUUACUUCUGGUAAGCAUAAAGCAGAGAGAACCCAGGUUAGAAGGAUGGGAAGAGAAAAGGAGCAGUUUUAUUGCUUAUAGAAAGCCAUUCUGAAGGGUUGGUGGAGUAAGCUCAGUCUAUUACUGAGACAAUAGUGAGAUGGCUUAUAUGCUUCCCCUGUUAAUAUCUGGUUAAAUUAUGUAUCCAUCAAAUGGUAUGCUUGCAGCAUUAGCAAAAUUAGAAGUUUCAUCUUUUUCAUUGAAUCACAGGUGGAGACUCCUAUUUUCCUUUCUGUUUUCAGGCCUUUGAGCCCCUGGGAGCCCAAAUAACACUUAAUUAUUUUGUAUUUAUGAUUAAUAAAAGUUCAUUUUUUAAAUUUGUAUUUUUAUACAACCUCCAAAAAAAAAAAACAACUGGGUAGAGGGUGGGAGGGAUUUACUUUUAAGAAGCAAAAUGUGAGUAAAUUGGAACCAAGAAAACUUGUUUUUAGAAUAUCUUCAAAGUACAGUAGCCAAGGAAUGCAAACAUAAUUGCAUGUUUUUAAAAAUUCCUUGGAGGCUGGAAAGGGUUAAGCCAGAAGUGCAAUCAAUAGGAAUUAGGGAAUGUUGUAUAUUUAUAUAUAUAAACUUUUUUUUGUAAGAAAAGUUGGUUACAACUAAACCAACUUUUUCCAAAGUGCACUAUGCAUAUUUUUAAUGAAAGAUGACAUGUAUUUGCACAAAAAUCCUCAGGCACAUUAAAUUAUUGUAAACUGAAGUAAAACCCAGGUGCUUGCUUUGAGAUUGUGGUUUUUUUUUUUCCUAAUGUAAAAUAAAAUAAAACACAUCUGCCUUCUUGAUAUUUAUAGAAUUAGAGAAUAAACGUUUUAAUGGGGGAGUCAAAGCUUUUUCUUUUUCUCUAAGGUUCUUUUUUUUAUUCAAACUGUAUGAAAUGGCAAAGUGAGGCUCUGGGGUUAGAUUUCAGCAUUCAGCAGUUGACACAGGCUAAGAAAUGGAAAGUAGAUCUGUUUUUUCUCAGCGUUGCUGAGCAAAGUCUGCUUCUCAUCAGAUAAGAUGGCUUUGUCUAGACAGCACGCAGUUCAGAAAGAAAUGUCUUUAUACAAAAGACAUGAUAGAGAAGAGAUGAGAGAGGGGACUAAUUAUUUUGUUUAUGAAAAUGGCAAGUAAAUUACUUGAUCUUUUUGGUGCUUAAUUUGCAAUGUUUUGUUCCUUUGUCCUGACUUAAAGGCAGUUUUCUGAAGAACUCUUGACUCUUGCUCCUAUGGUUCCCAUAGGCACACCUAUUCCCAGGCCAAGGAGAGUCCUUCCUUUCCCCUUUUGAGGCGUCCCUGCCAUCCCCCCACUUAGAACUAUGUGCUCAAAAAAGCCAACAUGAAUGCAGUGGUAAAAAUGUGUUAGUUUCUUAUACUUUUUAGAAUCUCUUAAUAAAAUUUUUCUAAAUAAAUUCCACAAAAACAAAGGGUGAAGAUGGUCUCUCCCUUUCAUUCCCCUUCAUUCAGUUGUGCUGAGGUCAAUAGAGCGUACACAUUCAGAAAGGAUUCCAGCAGGUUUAUAUAUGAAUAUAAGUGUCCCUGAAUGGGGCAGGCAUUAAAUAGAAGAAUCCCUGCUGUUUAAAUUUCCCACAUAUUCCAAUUCACUUUUAAAAAAUACCGUUUGAAUUUGUAUUUCAUAAAGUGACUCUGGGGUGCUUACUUUAGCCAAUUCUUAAAAUUUUUUAUUUGUUCCCUAAGAAAGUAAUUAAUGUUUCUGUUGCCUGGACAGUUACAGUUACAAGAAACAUCAGGAAGUAGGAAACUGUAGGGCCAGAGAGUAGUACAACGUAAAAUUGUCAGAUUUAUGUGUAUUACAUAAACCUAUAAAUUGAACUAGGUCUUGCCGUGCUCUGUAUUGAGUAUAAUUUGUAUACUUUUUUAUAAUUAAUGACUAAAUGAUCACUUUGGAGGCAGGGUGGUGGGGUGUGUUAGCAGCCAAAUAAGCACAUCUGAUCAAAAAGAACCAGGCUUAGAUUUUUUGUAAGUACAUUGAUGUUGAUGUUCCACCAGAAACACCUUAAUUGUAUACUGUUGUGUAAUGUCUCUAGAAAGGAAUCCUGUCUUAAAACUGGGUUUUGCUGUUUUUUGAAAUUUCCACCUAAAAUCAUUUUUGGUAUAUCCUGAUAAUCUCUAUAAUACUAGAAUUGUCUGCAAAAUAUAGUAAGAAGAAUUGGAGCCUAAUAGCUGGUUCCUCCCAAUUUAUCUGUUAUGUUUUGGUCCUAUUCACAUUUUAGUUUUUUCUAUGAUAAAAAUUGUAUGUGUACUUUCAUAUCAGUAUAGGAAACCUCAAUCUUUUUUUUUCUCCUUUAAGAAAGUUUUCAGUGAUUAUACCUCAGGUAUUUCUGAGUGUCCUAUUGUCUAGUAGGAGAAAUAUCUUCCUGAGCUCAGAAUUAAAAGUUCUCCUAAAUUAUGAAGGUCCCAAAUCUUGUGUAAAUAACCUUAGGCAUGAGUCCUUACGGAGAAGUUAAUGACCAUUGAUAAAGUACUUUUUUAGAAAAUGUUGUGCUGUAUGUUCUUGAUUUGACAUAAAUGAAGACUUUGGCAAGGGAGGAAAUAAGUUAAAAGGCAGCUUACAAGAGCCUAUUCCCUAUAAAGGGUAUAAUUUUACACAGUACUCAAAGCUUGUUAUCUUUUCUGACCAUUUUAGUACAGAAUUAGUACUUGGUGGUUACUCACAUCGACUUGUGACAUCUAGAACUGGGGCUCUUAGUGUUUAGUGAGCCACUUCUCUGAUGUUAGAUGCGUGUAGACCUGUACUCCACAUGCAACCCAACAGUAGUGCAGUGUGAUAACUGAGCAGUCGCAUGGCAGAGGACAUCCCCCUCAGAGUGGGCACAGGUGCCCUCUAGGGCAGCCAGGGGAAUACUGUUGUUCGAUACCUGGGAUUUGACUUUGUCAAACAGCUCUUUGUGCACCUAUCUUUGUUUUGUCAAGUGUAGAUCAGUUAAUAAACAUGAGUAGCUUGAAUUUUCA